UUAAAGAACCAAGGAUCAAACGAUGGGGACCGCUUACUUCAAUGUGUUCUGUACCAUUGUGGUCUUGAUGAUCAUUUCGCAGAGGGGUAAGUUUAUGGAAGCAAUAACAUAAAAAGACGAACACAUAUUAAACAGAUAAAAAGUACAAGCUUAGAGCUUGGAUCGACAGUAAUUGGUUUUACGUAGCUUCGUCUGUUUCGAUUUAAUAUUAGAUUGGUGAUAUUCCUGGUGGUCAGUCGAGAAAUGUAACAAAAAAAUUGUAAACCACUUGCGUCCUAUACAGUACAAAAAAAUUGUUCGAAACUAAAACAACACCCUCUUCUUAGCGUAAAGAAACAGCCUUUCAGUUGGUAGGGACUUUAUACGAUCAGACGACUCAAUGGCAACGGGAGAAUGUGAAGAAAUAGGUUUAGAAGGCAAAACAACAACUUUGCACGUGCAUCACACCCUUUUUACGUCGUGAAAAUUCCCUAUUUUUUAAUUUUUAUUUUUAUGGAGGACAUAGAUAUUAAGCGACGACGAAAUUUUAUUUCUCUAUCUGAGCUUGGAUAGGGAUCCUAGCAAUUCAAAUCCAGGGGGAUUCGCUGCGUUUGAUAAAAAAUGGGUAGGAAUAAUAGCGGUGAAGACUAAAAGAACGUAAAUUCACUUGUUAAGGGACGUUUUUACCUGCUAUCGCGUCGUCGGAUCAUAAAGUUCCUUGUAGCGCCGAGAAACGUCGACCGUUUUCUCAGGCUACCUUCUGCUUAGCCCCCUUAAAAAAGGACAAUAACAAUUCCGCUUAACGUUGAAAACUCAGACUGGAUUUUUUCAGUAUGUUUUCGAGCUUGCAACAUGCAAAAUCAUGAUACGGAAAAGCUUGUAACCCUAGUUUUAGCUUGGGUAGGGCAAAGGUUCUUGGCCAUUUUUGUUGGCUUACUGAGUUCUCGUCAAUUUAAAUUUCGUCAAUUUAGAAAAAAAAAAAAUUCAGGAGUUUCAGUUUUCACAGAGUGAAAGGUAUUUUCUGUCACAGGACAUCAUGCAACCUGUCAAUGAAUCACUCUAUUCCCCCUGCUGCAACUAAGAUAGAAACCCGAUCUCUCUAAUGCGCGUCAGUUCCAUGCUAGACACCUGACCAAAACGUUUUUCCUUUCACAGGUAUUCGCAUUAAAAUGAUUCACUCAUAAGUUCAUUACAUUUUUUUAUUAUUUAAGUUUCUUGUCUGAGCUGUUAUACUUGUACAAGCAAAGAUUCCUGGGAGGACUGUAACAGGAAGAUGACUAAAACAGGAUGCCCAUCGAAAGCACCGAAUUGCGCCAAGGGCAACCUGACGUGCAAUGUGGUCGGUGGAGUCAAGAAAAAGGUGUUCUACAAGAGAUGUGGCACCCAGGGCAAAAACUGCCUACCUGAAAACCAGCCGUCCUGUGCUGGUUUUGUAUUUUCCUACAAACGGGAAAGCAUCUGUUGUACUGGAAAGAACUGCAACUCAGCCCCACGGGAAAAGGUCAGCGGCGUACUUAGAGGGUUGUCCAUUUGCCUGGUCCUUUGGAGUCCUUAAUUUCUUUUGAUUUUGUAGUAAACAUUUCGUGUUAUUGAGGUUCUUUAAGUCUCUGAAAGAGUUUAAGGAAAAAAAAGGCGUAGCCUCUCACGUGGUAUCCAGCUCCAGUGUUCAAGAUAGUACUGAAAGUGCACAGAUCGUGUCACUUGACGUAGUUUAAUUUCACGACGUCCCUACUAACUAAGAGCCUAGCACAGGCUACCCACCUUGACUUGGGCCUCAUGGUUAUGAAUGUCUCCUGCAGAGCUAGCAUAAAUUCGCAUUUUCAGUCCUUGAUCAAUGUAUUUACGCUAGGUCUAAUUUUCGAU